UCGAGAAAAAAUGGCGGACAGAUUCUAGAAUCGUGGUUAUGUCGAGAGUUUAAUAUGGUGAUCAUUGGUCGUAUUUUAGUCUUUUUUGGCUUGGCUGCUAUAUUGCAUGCUGGCUACUCUGCAGUUCAAUGUCGAACCUAUUACAAGUUGCUGGAAGAAGAAUUUCCUGGCCUGCCUCCCGAUGUGUGCAUCCAGUGUAUCAUAGGGCUGAUCAUAGCCUGCCUAGGUGUGGCUAGAAUGGCUGGAGAAUUUAAAGAAAUCAGAGCAGCUGCUGAAAUGGCCAACAAGAGCUGGGAAUCAUUUGGCAACCGGCCUUCAUUUUACACCUACAGUCAUAGAGGAAAGAACUUAUUUUUAGGAAAUGAAGUAUCUUAUCCGUCGUGUGAUCCUGUACCUUUAUACAACCAUGAAGUAUCUUUGUCGUGAAUUAUACAGACUCUCUGAACUUAAAGAAGCUACUAGGAUUCAAAGAUCGUGGCUUGACUAGCAAUUAUUGGCUCAUGACUUUUCCUCGGAUGCUGCCAACAGACUAGCGGACUCUUAUACAAAGCAACUGAAUGAUGCCAGAAUAUUUUAUUAUGUUAAAACUACAAAUUUGUAUUUGUCAA